AUGUGUAGCACAUGUAAGCAAAUAUUCGGGUCGUCGUGGCUUCUCGUACAACACGUACAGAAUCUGCACGGAAUGAAGAUAUAUGUGGAUAUCUUCCACAGCGAGCCAUCUAUAUUGCCUCCCAUAGACGGUCAUCACUCGCACCCUCACUCCCAGAGCCACAAUCACUCUCGCAGUGGAUCGAGUGGUGGCCACACAUCGAGUCAAUUGCUUGGAAGCAAUAAUAACUCUAUCAAUGCUUCACAUCAUUCAGCGCUACAACUGUUGCGAAUGCCGUUAAGUGAGCGUCAAUUCCCGGUUCAAUCAUUCAUCGCCGCCGCGGCCGCCGCUGCAGCCGGUCGUAGCAGUGGUGGCGGGUCUGGCACUAGUCAUGACGUGUUCGGCCACACCUCUGGCCAGGGAUCGAGUGUCACGUCCACUCUUAACCAUUCCGUCAGCGGAAUGUUCUCCGACGCCCACAACAUCUUCGGAUCCACUGCUCCGCCGGACUCGACCUCAACAGUCAAGAACUCUCCCGGAAGUUCGGUUCGGCAUCAGAACAAUAGCGCACUGGCGUUACCGCCGCCGCCAUCGCUCUCUUUCGACACACAACUCGACUUCUAUUCCCAACGUUUGCGUCAAUUGGCGGGAGCGACGAGUCCGGCCGCCGGAACCAACUCUACUUCGCCGCGAAAGUUGACGCCUCCUUCAUAUCUACAAAUGUCUUCCUCUAACACAAGAACUUCGCCCACAAUAUCAUUGACGACAUCGACUGUCGCGUUGUCCGACCGGUCGGUCACUCCGACGGCACUAAUGAAUCCCUCGAGUCCUAAAUCAAAGUCUUGUGAAUUCUGUGGCAAAUCGUUUCGAUUUAUGAGUAAUCUUAUAGUUCACAGGCGUUCCCAUACGGGAGAGAAGCCUUUCAAAUGCCAUAUCUGUAACCACGCGUGCACUCAGGCCUCCAAACUCAAGAGACAUAUGAAGACACAUCUCAGAGAACGCAAUAAUACAUCCAAUAAUGCACUCAAUCUAAACAACUCUCAUAUAAAUUGCUCGGAAAACACAACCGAUUCGGGAAACUCUGCGCCCGACUCAUCCACUCCUUCAUCUAAAAACAAUUUAAGUCUUCCCACGACUACCACAACCAAUGGCGGAGAUAUUGACCUCAUGGACGACGACGAAGAUAUCGACGACGACGAGGACAUUGAGGACGAGGACGAAGAGGUGGACGAAGAAGGGAAUGAUGUGGAAGACGGUGAGAAUGGAGACAAUUCUCGUGCUUCAAGUGUUGAGAUGGUAGCCGAAGACCUGUCGAGUCGCACAACCGGUAAUAUUAACGGCAAAGCGAACACCGAUAGCAAUAGUCCUGUGGGUGUGUCGGGUGUGUCCGCCCGGACCUCAAGUGCAAUGCAAUCGCUUUUGGGUGAAGUGAUGGAAAAGAUAGGCUUAACAGACAUUCAACAGUACAACGAGGCGUACAAACAGGCCCUCGAAGAAAGUGUUAAGACUGUGGUCGGCGGCUCUGUUAGCACCGGUAACUCUGUUAAACAGGAACGACCCUCUUCUUCAUCCAGUCAUUUGUCUCAUACGUCAGACCAUAACCACAACAGCAAUGCUUUGCAUAUAAACAAUAUACUGAAGCACUCGAAGUCUCAUUCAUCGCACCAUCACUCGCAUCAUUCACACCAUUCAUCCCAUUCAGCCGCCAGUCCUCAUCGACAGAGUUUUAAUGAAUUGGUCGCCGGAAUCGGGAGUUCAGUCACUUCUGGGGGGAACGCAGUGGUCAGUCCUGCCAGCAGUCUAUUGAGCAGUGCCUUCGACCACAACAACCCUUUCGACCCAAAACGUCUUAAACUAGACUUCAACGCGGUUUCUGAUCAAAGGGAUCCACUCUAUGCCGGUCUGUGGUUGCCAUCCGUGGCCGCCAACCCCUUCACCGCCUCUUUUGCUCAUCACUUAUCGGCCGCGUCUGACUCAAUGGCGGCCGAAUUGGUCCGAAACAAAGUGGACAGCAGUGCCUUUUGUAAGAACUCAUCGUCAAUGUCCACUUCGAGCGGUAGUCCACGUCCGGGACCUUCCAGUUCUUGUCGGAGUCUUCAUACGCCUCCAUCGCAACAACACAUCCACAGUAAUAGCAAUAACACGUCGCCGACGGCGGGCAGCGGUCGGGCGGCCAACACGUCGCCCAACGAGCGCCGCAAAGAGCACCACCACAGGAGUCGGAACGACACGUGCGAGUAUUGCGGCAAAGUCUUCAAGAAUUGCUCCAACCUUACGGUCCACCGGCGCUCACAUACGGGCGAAAAGCCGUAUAAAUGUGAACUGUGUUCGUAUGCGUGCGCCCAGAGCUCCAAACUCACCCGUCAUAUGAAAACACACGGAAGGCUCGGCAAAGAUGUCUACAAAUGCCGGUUCUGUGAAAUGCCAUUCUCUGUGCCGUCGACUCUGGAAAAGCAUAUGAGAAAGUGUGUCGUCAACCAGAAUAGCGCCGGCGGUCUCUCUGUCGGUAUGAACAGCGAACUCGCACUCAUGGCUCUACACCACACGCUCUCCAACACCAGCACCGGUAGUAACGACAAGGACUCCGACUCGUAA